AGUGUGUGAGUGGUUAACAUCGGGGAUCUUGAACCAGAGGGGUUCCGUGUGAAGAGAAGGGCUCUUCUGUGCGUGUGCUUGCCGUGUGUGUGUGUGUGUGAGUGUGUGCGUUAUCUCGAUCUAUGCGUGCAAGCAAGUGAGCGUGUGUGUGACGACGCUGUCCUCGUUCUGCACCGACCGGACCCUCUCUCGCUCAUCUCAUCAUGCAGCCGGCUGUGCUCAUCUCACCGCUGUGACGACUGAGUGUCUAGACCAGGCUCUGGAGACUGAGAGAGAGAGACAGGCAGAGAGACCGACACACAGACAGACAGGUGGACAGACAGUUGGUGGCGUGUGAUGCUUUGAUUUCCUAGUGGAAUAGAAGGGUCUCCUCUGCAUGGGACACUGUUGUAAGCCCUCAUUAAGUUAACGAAUUGGAGACAGACAGACAGACAGACAGCUCUCCGGUCGACUCGAAGGACCACCUCUCUUUCUGGCGUUUGGGAUGCGCUGCUUCUGGGUGGACUAGGAGAAAGGUCUCCUCUCUUUCUUCCUCUCUCCUCCUCCUCUCCUGUCUUCCACGAGAGAGCGCUCAGUGAGGAUCUGAUCCUGGAGUGUAGAGAGAGACAGAGGGCCUGACGGGACGCGAGGCAGCAUGGCUCGUCUCAACUGGUGCCUGGCCGCUGUCAUCAGCUGGGGCAAGUUCCUCUUUUCCUGCUUCUUCCCCCUACGGGGGGCCAAGAAAGACAAGCCUGAGGAGUUGGAGAGUGUCCACACACACAAUUUCAAGCUUAAGCCCUUCAAGAAAGUCAAGAGCUGUGAUGUAUGUCAGCAGGCCAUCACCAAGGAUGGACUCAUCUGUAAAGUGUGCAAGCUGGGCAUCCAUAAGAAGUGUGAGGUGAAGGUCCUCGCAGAUGCAUGUGUGGCACCUACCGGAUCACCUACCAAGCCGCCGUCCACUGAUCCUCCUUGGAGGUCAGUUGCUUCACUUAAUUCACGGCCGGCCACUCCUCAGCUGCCGUUGAAGCAUGUAGAAACUCCGGGAACCCCAAGGUCCUGUAAGAGUGAGCAGACUAGACGAAGGCCAUCACGGAGUAUCAGUCUGCUGCAGGCCAUGGAUGAGAACUAUGAGGUGGACCUGGUGUACAUCACCGAGAGGAUCAUCUCUGUCUCCUUCCCCAGCGGAGCGGAGGAGCGCAGCUACACCUCCAACAUCAAGGAGGUGGCCUCCAUGCUGGCCUCCAAACACGGGGAACACUAUCUGCUCCUCAACCUAAGCGAGCGGAGGAAUGACAUCACCAAGCUUAACCACAAGGUGCUGGAGUUUGGCUGGCCAGACCAUUAUGCUCCUGCCCUGGAUAAGAUCUGCAGCAUGUGCAAGGCCAUGGACACCUGGCUCAACGCUGACCAACACAAUGUAGUGGUGCUUCACAACAAGGGGAACCGUGGGAGGACAGGAGUGGUGGUGGCUGCCUACAUGCAUUACAGCAACAUAUCAGCCAGUGCUGACCAGGCACUGGACAGGUUCGCCAUGAGGCGCUUCUACGAAGACAAAGCACUUCCUGUGGGUCAACCGUCGCAGAGAAGGUAUGUGCGUUACUUCAGUGGUCUGCUCUCUGGCCACAUCAAGAUUAACAACAAGCCUCUGUUCCUGCACCACGUCAUCAUGCACGGCAUUCCCAACUUCGAGUCCAAAGGAGGCUGUCGUCCUUUCCUGAAGAUUUACCAGGCGAUGCAGCCAGUCUACACAUCAGGGAUAUAUAACGUACAAGGGGACAGUCACACCAGUAUCUGCAUCACCAUUGAACCUGGCCUGCUCCUAAAGGGGGACAUUUUGUUGAAGUGUUACCACAAGCGUUUCCGGAGCCCCAUUAGGGAUGUGAUAUUCAGAGUGCAGUUCCACACCUGUGCCAUCCACGACCUGGGAGUGGUCUUCGGGAAGAAUGAACUGGAUCAGACUUUUAAAGAUGAGAGAUUUCCAGAAUAUGGGAAAGUGGAAUUUGUCUUCUCCUUCGGACCUGAGAAAAUCAAAGGUACAGGAAUGGGCCACCUUGAGAAUGGCCCACAAGUGUCGGUGGACUACAAUACCCAAGACCCCCUCAUCCGCUGGGACUCCUACGAGAACUUCAACAGGGGCUGCGAGGAUACAGGAGAUGACGUUGUUCACACCCAAGGCCCCCUCGACGGCAGCCUGUAUGCCCGAGUCCACAAGAAAGAGUCCCUCGAUGGAGUGGUCACAAUCAACGGCCUUCCCGUCCUCGACCACCCCCUAACCAACGCAGACCACACCCCCCAACACCCUGACCACACCCUCACAAGUUCUGACCGCACCCUCCCGGUAGUGGGCCACGCCUCCCUGCCCGCAGUCGACCACGCCCUUUCAGUCAGCAGCGACUCUGGAAACUCGACAGCAUCCGUCAAAACCGAUCGCACCGAUGACCACAGUCUGUUGCUGCAUGGAGCGGUGAACACCAACCAGAACCACAACACGCCCAGUCAUCCCCCUCUCAGUCCCCAGGAGAAGAGAGAGUUGGACCAGCUUCUGAGUGGCCUUGAGGCCCCCAUGCUCCACCGCCAGGCCUACCUGGCUACCUCCACCAGCCCCGGGGGGGGAGUACGCCACCUUGUCCCAGCCCAGGUGCACGUCAGCGGGCAUACCCGGCUCAUUGCAGCCCCCUCCGCCGAAGAGCGCGAGACGGACAUAUUGGACGAGGAGCUGCACAUCAGUCAGGAGGGUAACAGCGUGGACAGUCUUGGAACACUCUCGUCAUUGGAGGGCCAGGCCACGCCCGCAGAGCUGUACUACCAAUCACAGAUACCCAUCAACAGGCAGAACAACGGGCCAUACCUAGAGAAGCUACGGGAGAUGCCGGUGCACCGGGUACGGACUUCUACGUCGGCACAGGAGCGGAUCAUGGACUCCAGUUCGCCCCAGGAGGAGGAGUACUCUCCUAACAGUUACCAGAACGGGAGUGUGCAGCGUUCCCAGUCCUUCGGGACCCCGGAGCCUGGAGGCCCCAAGCUGCCCAGGGCCCCUGAGAGAAGCACCAGUAGCAGGGAGGCAGUCCAGAGGGGGCUGAACGCAUGGCACCAGUACAGUCUGCCAGACGACCCCUUCGGUCCUCCCUUACAGAGCACCCACAGUCUGCCCCACUUCCCCCCCACCGCCUCUCAGCACGACAUAGAGCAGUCUAUCGAAGCCCUCGACAUGCUGAUGCUGGAUCUGGACCCACACACAGGACAGGUUCCCAAGUCCUACAGCGCCCCCUCUGGUGAGAACAGUGUAGGAGGGCCAGCCCAGAUCCCCUUCUCCCAAUCUCUGGCCAGGCCGUCCUACCAGGCAGACUCAGCCAUCCAUGGCUAUAACAUUAACUACAAUGCCUUCGGACAGCCUCUGAGGUCGACGGCUGGCCGGGUUUCAACGUCGCCCAUCCAGAGUCCUGUGGCUGAGUCUCCCCUGUCGUAUGCCCCCCCGAGGUCCGCCUCGUACCAGCCCCAUACAAACACCACUCCCAUACACCCCCCCGAGCCCUACCACAUGCACCCAGCCCAGGGGCCUGGUUCCCCCCUCUACCCCUCUGACUCCUCCCCCAUCUUCGGACAGCUCCAGAUGAAGCCCCUGAACUCGUACCCAGGUGGGACGGUGGUGUCCCACUCCCCAGACCGCAACGGAGGGUCUCCCUAUCAUGGCUACAGCACCUCCUCCUCCCCCCUCCACAACUCUUCCCCCCUUCUCAAGGAGCCAGAACCUGAGGAGGAGAACCUCAACCUGGAGGGCCUGGUGGCUCAACGCAUCGCUGAGUACAACGCUCGUAUUCAGGGCAUCAACGAAAGCAUUUCCACUACGCCACAAUCUGACCUCCAACGCUCUUAUUCUUUCUCUGGGAUGCGUUCCCGUGGGAUGACGCCGGAGGAGGCUAAGGAGACCGUCCGCCGGCGGACCACUAGCGAGGGGCACUACCACAAUGAGGACCCUCCAGCCCACACGGGGGCGCCGGUGCGCUCCCCUGUCCACUCGUCAGACUUCCACAUCCUCAACCCUGGAGGAAGACCCAGAGAGGGCCCCAUGCACAGCUACCGCGAGGCGUAUGGGGAUGAUGAUGCUGACGGUCGGGCUUCUGUCAGUCCUAUGUUCAGCAGUGGUGGUGAGGCCCACCCCCUGACCCCUGCCUUCCCUGUCUCACCUCAGACCCCUUACUUCAACAUGUCCCGUUCUCCUCCAGGCUUGGCCAAAACCCCUCUCUCUGCUUUAGGACUGAAGCCCCACCACCCAGCAAACAUUCUCCAUGGUGGAUCAGACUGUGAAUCUGUCAGCGACGAGGAGCAAGACGGCCGUGGUUAUGGUGGACACCCCCUAAAUGAUCCUAUAUCUUCCAGUAGUCCCAUCCACAGCCCAGACGGCAUGAGGAUGACUUCCUCCAUUCGGCUCCAGGCUGACUCCGGCUUCCCCUCCCACCCCUUGGAGAGUACCCAGCACACCCCCGUUCCGUCCUACAGCCCCCACUCCCCUGAGGGAUCCCAGGUCAGCGUCGUGGGCCCCCUCCACACCGUCCCCGGAAGUCCCAACACACUCCACCGCACGGUGGCCACCAACACCCCACCAAGCCCCGCCCUCCAGCGCCGCCUGGCCAACCAGGCCAGCCCGGGUCUGGCUCGUCACCCCACACCGCCCAAUGGAAACAGGGUGCAAGUCCCUGGCAGCCCUGUGAUCCCCUCAAGAGGCUCCAGAACCGCCGCCGUCCCUUCUAGCCCUAUGAUGGGGCGCCACCCGAUGGCCGGUGGCCACACUACACCCGAUGACAGACAGGGGGCACCACCCACGCCCUCCUUCCCAGUGUCGCCCCAGCCGAUGCUUCCAGAGAAGAGGCGGAUGCCCAGUGGAGAGAGGUCCAAUGUGGGGCUGUCGUAUGGGACUCUGGAUGGGAAGACCACCAUACCCACCUUACCCAGUGGAGGCAGCACGCCCAGUGUGUCCACCUCUCACACCCUACCCGACCUCUCCAAAUUCUCCAUCUACGACCAGAGUCCAGACAUCAGGCUGAACGUGAAGUUUGUCCAGGACACGUCUAAGUUCUGGUACAAGCCAGACAUCUCCAGAGAGCAGGCCAUCAGUCUGCUGAGAGACAGGGAGCCAGGGGCCUUCGUCAUCAGGGACAGCCACUCUUUCAGAGGGGCCUACGGCCUGGCCAUGAAGGUGGCCUGCCCACCUCCCACCGCCCAGGCCAACAAGAAAGUUGGUGACAUCACAAGUGAGUUGGUGAGGCACUUCCUGAUUGAGACGAGCCCCAAAGGCGUUCGUCUGAAGGGCUGUCCCAACGAACCCUACUUUGGAUGUCUCUCUGCCCUGGUGUACCAACACUCGAUGACUCCUCUGGCCCUGCCCUGCAAGCUGAUGAUCCCCAGCAAAGAUCCCAAUGAGGAGGCCCUGGAGCUGGACACUCCCACUGACACAGUGGCCGAGCUGGUGAAACAAGGAGCAGUAGCACAGCAACAAGUCCCCGAGGAGGCCCAUGCAUGCAAUGUUCUUUACAUCAGCUCUGUGGACAUGGAGUCUCUGACCGGACCUCAGGCCGUCGCCAAAGCAAUCAGCGAAAUGGUGGCCGUCAACCCGUUGCCCGCGGCCACAACCGUCCACUUCAAAGUGUCGUCGCAGGGCAUCACCCUCACGGAUAGCCAGAGGAAGGUCUUCUUCCGAAGGCACUACCCAAUCAACACUGUCACCUACUGUGACAUUGACCCCCAGGACAGGAAGUGGAGCAAGGAAGGAGGUGGAACGGCAAAACUGUUUGGUUUCGUGGCACGUAAACAAGGAAGCACAACGGACAAUGUCAGCCACCUGUUUGCCGAGUUGGACCCCGACCAGCCUGCUUCAGCCAUCGUCAACUUCGUCUCUAAAGUCAUGAGGCGAUGAAACCAACGAACCCCCGGCAGUCAUUUUUUUGUUCUUCCAUUUAUUUUCUUAAUUUUGGAUUGUGUUUCAUUAUUUUCUUCUGUUCUUUUUGUUGAGAUAUGUUCUCUUUGUUUUAUUCUGCGAGAUUUUAUGUCUGAAGGACUUGGAGGUAAUCCAAGAUGGCGCCAGAGGAAGUUGUGGCUGGAGUGGUGACAGUGAUAAUGUGUCUCGAGCUGGUGGAGGAAGAAGGUUUCGUCAACAGGGUAACUGUGGAAGUCCAAGUGGAGAAGCUGUGUGCUAAACUAAGUAUCAGUGGGAGAAAAGGACACUGACAUUUAUCAGGUUUUCGGAUUGAUUUACCAAAGGUAGCACUCAGAACAAGUAUGUCAUUAUUAGAUGGUCAGUUUAAGGCGUUGUAGGUUUUCUGUUUUUCUUUUUUACAAUGGGACUGUUGAUUGAAAUGAAACAGACAAAAACAGAAAGAAUGCUUUCUGCUUGAUUCUGUCUUCAGAAAAAUAGUUUGCCUCAGUGGCUUCUUACUAAAGAAUAUUUAAGAAGACAUUUUGCAUGUUAGCUCGAUCUUUAAGCUUGGUCCACUAAAGUCAUUUGUGAACCCUCGAGUGGACAUUUCCCAGGCCUGUUGUAUGUUGUAAAGGGCUCAACAGCGAGAAAAAUAAACUGUUCUCAACUUCACAGAGCAGAUCAACCUUCUCAUAAAACACAUUGCUUAUGUUAGGUCCAGACUUGACCAGUCGAUCCUGGAGCGCACUGAUUGAUUUCAGAUGUGGGAGAUGGAUUACUCUGGCCUGUGGAAAGGUAGCUGGUAAAUCUACUGCUGUCACUUCUCCUGUCCACACGCUGGUGCCGAUUAUCCACGUUUGAACUCAAUCCUGCUUGACUCAGACUGAUCCUCACCUGUUGGCUGCUCACAGACACUGCUAAUCAACACACUGGAAACAAACGCAAGGGACUGGUCCGAGCCCUGGGCCCUAGGCACUGUCCUGCAUGUUUUAGUCCAACUGCACCCCCCUCCCUCUAAGCUACGUUCAACAUCACCAAAACAGCCAUUCUACGCUGUGUUCUAUGAAGACUUUAACCCUAAGACAAGAAAACAGAGGUUGUUUGCCUUGUUAGAGACUGCAUGAUAUUAUAAACCAUUUUUGGACUCUACUAAAGAGUCCUAAAAAGAAAAAAGAACAUGUAGACAGCCUUUUGUUGAAGUAGUUACUCGAUGGUGAGAUGCGAUAUUUUUUUUAUUUUCUUGAUCCAACUUGCAGCAGAGUUUCACUGUAUCAAGCAAGGUCGUCUUUCAUUUUUAACCAAAAGGGAAUUUAUCCUCUCACCAGAUCGCAUCUACAUACCUUUAGACAAACGUAGAGGUUGUGUGUAAAUGUCUGUAAACUGUGUGUAAAUGCCUGCUUCUCAAACACACACCACUCACCCAUCUUCCAUAAGCUAAGGAAAAAUGAUAUUGAUAUCAAAUGUAUAUAGAUAUACUACUUUGAAAGGUGACAUAGCUAAAAAAAAAUAUUUAUUUUUGUUGCUUUGUUCCUCCAUGAUAACUCAUAUAUACAUAUAUUGUACAGUCUACAUAAAGAAGAUUACCUUAAGGAUUGAGAAAAAAACUACUUAUUUUGGCUAAUGAUUUCAAAGUCGGGAGAUUUUGAAAGGCUUUUGGAUAUAUAUGGUGUACAUUACUCAGUACAUGUAUGUUUGUUCCAGCUCGUCACGUUUCUUCUUCUUCGCGUUCUCAGAGAUUGAGGUUAGGCAUGUAUGGGAUGAAAGCAUAUGAUUUUUACAGGAAAAAUGCAUGGACAAAACCAUCCGGGUGGUAGACCAACAUAAUGUUCAAGUUUGUCUUAAACGCUGCCAUAAUACAGCGAAUAAUAUCAGUUACCUGGCAGAUGUUGUUGCCAGUUUUAGGGUCAGCUCUUGAAUAUGGAUUUACCAUAUUAUGAAAAGAUGAAAUGUUCUUAAAAAAAGAAUACGUUUUUAUAAGGGAAGCAUGAGGACAUUUAAUUUAGAAGUCGACCUUAAAUGCAAUAUGUAAACAACAAUGAGCAACCCAUCAUACCGACAUUAUGAUUUGCCAAAGAUUCAAACACAUAACUUCUAUGGUGUCUACAUGUUUGGCUUUUUUCCAAGGAAAUUGUGAUGCUAAGCCAAAUGAAUUCAUAAAUGUUCCUUCUGUUGCCAGUAAAUAUGCAGACCCACAUACCACUAACACCACCAUUAUAUAUUAACUUCUCUAUUCUCUCUCUCAUCCUCUUCAUUGCAACUGAAUGGAGUUGAGACUAUUGUUAACCCGUUUAGAAAUACCAAGCACUUACCAAUGGAAUACCACAACCAUACAACAGAUGCAGAGAUGCAAACAAUUACUUUAUAUAAUUUCCUGUGAAUAUCAGUGUUGAAGGCAAAAUGUUGUCUACAAUUCUUCAAAUCUCUUUUAUUUGAGCUACUACGUCUAGCUGUAGUCACCCCGAUGUCCAAACUGUGGCCCUCUGUGGCCCUCUCACAAGUAACAUGAUUUAUUUAUUCUCCUUAUUUAUUCUUUAUUUGCUGGUAUGUUUUUAUUUUUUAUUUUUAACAUUUCAAGCUACAUGACCCCGCGGCUGUCAGUCAGUGUUAACCAAUGGAAAUGGAAUGUAUUUUUGUGUGGAGGUGUGUGGAGGAGUUCAGUGUACAGACGGGACUUAUAGAGUGUGUGAAUGUACUACUAAGGAUGUACAGAGGGGUCUUGUGUUUUUUUCUUCAUUUGCAUUAUACUGUCAUGGCUUACCUGUUCCUGAGGAGAAAAAAAAACAUUAAAGCAAUACAAAUCCGUUACAGUAAAA